GACUAGAGGCAGUGAAUAUUAUCAGUAGGUUCGUGCGGCAUUGUGUAUCUAGUAUUAGUCUAUUUAUCGGGAGAUAUGAAUUUGAAAUUUUUGCUAUACAGUCGAUAACUACUAAGGAAAUUAAUCAACUACAAAUGAAAAGAGACUGUAGUUAAAUCUUAACUUAUCGCUUAAAAACGUCAACUGUGGUGCACACAAACAUUAACAAGUAAGCUGUGCUAAGAGCGGCCCUCUGAAAUUCGUGAAACGGCUGUACUGUACACCCUGUAGCAGUGUAGCCUACUUUUGUGAGGAUUGUAGAACUUUCCUCCUGCAUGGGCUGUAGUACUUCUACAAAUACUAGUACUAGAACCGAGAGUCAAGACUAAGUUGCGCUGUUUCAUUUGAUAUUUUUUAAAAACAACUGGUAACGAUACUGUUAUCUGUAGCUUUUAUCAACAAUUUAUAGAUUAUCUCAUAAGCAUGAUGCCAUGGUAAAUAGGGUAAUGUAGACUCUGUUUGAAGACAGUGAAUUCAACUGAAUCAUGGUAAACUUUGAUCAGGUGUGGACUAGACACUUACUUUUGUUUGUUGUGAUAUUGAUAAUUUAUUUCGUUUCUGAAGCAAGAGGAGCGUGGCAAAAUAGUGUCAAAGCCAAGGUUGUUUCCAAACUUCAGGAGCACAAAGUGGACAAGUUUCCAGGAAACCAAACUCACAGUGAUCAUUUCAAGCUUCUGGAGAGGGAUGGAAACUAUCUUCUUGUUGGAACCAAAAAUAUUGUGUACAAUAUCAGCUUAGCAACUCUACAGGAAAAAAAGAGGCUUGAAUGGUUCUCUUCAGAAGAUGAUAUCAAAGUGUGUAGAGUCAAGGGGAAGUCUGAGGAUGAAUGCCAGAAUUAUAUUAGAGUUCUUGCUCUGAAAUCUGAGAGUGUGCUUUUUGUAUGUGGGACAAAUGCAUACAAGCCAGUAUGUCGAGAUUAUAAUCAAACAGAGAAUGAGUACAAAUAUGUGGAGGAACACUCUGGAGAAGGUCUUUGCCCAUAUGAUCCCAAUCACAACAGUACAGCAGUCUUUGCAGGACCUAUUAACCACAGGACAGAUGGUGACUUAUAUGUGGCUACAGUUGCCCAGUUCUCUGGGGCUGAUCCUUUAAUUUAUCGCAAACCACUGCGGACAGAACAGUUCAACUUAAAACAUCUAAACUCACCAAAUUUUGUAAGUUCUCUUCAUCAUGAAGAUUAUGUAUACUUUUUCUUCAGAGAAACAGCUGUUGAGUAUAUCAACUGUGGCAAGACUGUUUAUUCCCGUGUUGCUCGUGUCUGCACUAAAGACAAAGGAGGACCCCACAAAUACCGCAAUCGAUGGACAUCCUUUCUGAAAGCCAGGCUUAAUUGUUCAGUCUCUGGAGAGUUUCCUUUCUACUUUGAUGAAAUUCAAUCAACAAGUGACAUUAUUGAAGGCUUUUAUCGUGGAAGAAAAUCUAAAAUAAUAUAUGGUGUCUUCACCACCCCAGUAAAUAGCAUCAGUGGAUCAGCAGUUUGUGCCUUCCGCUUAGAUGAUAUCUUGGAAACAUUUGAUGGACCAUUUAAAUGGCAGGAGGAUAUAAACUCUAACUGGUUACCAUAUCAAAAUUCAAAGGUUCCAGAGCCUCGCCCAGGGCAGUGUGUGAAUGACUCCAGAACUUUGCCAGAAAUGACACUGAAUUUCAUCAAAGAUCACACCUUGAUGGAUAGGGCUGUUCCUGCUUAUUGGAGUCAACCAUUGAUACUUCACACAGGCUUUGGGUACCGAUACACUUGUAUUACUGUGGAUCCUCAGAUAGAAACUGUUGAUGGCAGCAAAUAUGAUGUUCUUUUUAUAGGAACAGACACUGGGAAAGUGAUCAAAGCUAUAAAUGCUGCUAGUGCUUCAAGUGAUAACAAGGUCGUUCCAGUUAUUAUUGAAGAGGUGAUUGUGUUCCAGAACCAGGCCCCUGUCACUAGUCUCUUGGUGAACAAUUUUGCCUUCCAAUUAAAAUUAAUUGUGGUUUCUAAAGAUGAAAUUUAUUCCAUUCCACUACAUGACUGUGAACGCUAUGCACUGACAUGCAGUGAAUGUGUAGCCUUACAAGAUCCAUAUUGUGCCUGGGAUGAGAAUCGUCAACGUUGUACCAGUGCAGAACCAAGGGGAUGGCUUCAUGGCAAAUUUGUUCAAAAUAUUUCCCAUGGCUGGGAUGACAAAUGUCCUGAGGCAGAGUUAGGGACUGAGACAACCUCUACUACCACCAAUGCCCCUACAUGUCCUCCUUGUCCCUUAGAAUGUGCCUGUCCUUCAACAGAGGGGGCAAGAAAUGUUACUGAGCAUGAACUUGGCCAACCUCCUAAUUCUGAGGGUUCUUCUGGAGGUUUGUAUCCACAUCACCAAGCUAGUAGGCAUGGUGGAGACAAGGAGGGAGAUACUGUGUCUACUGUAGAUAGCAAACCUCGUGAUAAUGGGGCCAUGACAGGAGCUGCCACUGGAUAUGUGGGUAUGUACAGUGCAGAAACCUUAGCCAUUGCUGUGACGACUAGUAUUGUUACGUCACUGGUUGUAGGAUUCAUCAGUGGGUACAUAUUCAGUCGACGAUGUAGGAAUGAUGAUGUGGAUUCCCCGUAUGAUGAUGGACACUACUUGGAACAGCAUCACAGAAGUGGACCUUUGUGUCAAGAAACCACACAUUUGAACCAUGGAGAAGGUUUUCUCUCUCCUGGGACCAAUAAUAAACCCAUCAAUUUGGUCCUCAACGUUCCACCAAGAAAUGGGAAUGGUAAAAAUGCCAAUAGCUCAGCAGACAAUAAACCAGCUCAGAAAGUGAAGAAAAUUUAUUUGUAGUGGGAUUCAGUGAUGUACAGUGUAACAUUCCAUAUUGGUGUCUAUUGCUUUGGCCAGGAAAAUAUAGCGAUAUUAUCUGAGGAGUUUGUGAUACAUGAUCAGAAGAAUGUGUCUAUUGAGGUGCUUUCAGUAGAAUUUGCUGGGAUACAACAAAAUCUUUGAUUUUUUUUCAAAAGAAUAGAAUCUAUGGUACGGCCUACCACACUCUGAUAAUAAUGCUUCUUACUGUGCUGAAAGCAUUUUUGUUUUUGAAAGACAAACAGCAACAAUACCAAUAUGGGUUAUAUUCUUCAGCACAAUAGGACCUGUAGUUUCUGGUCACUACAUUUUGAUAUGAGGUCCUAGUAAUGAAUGUGCUGCAUAAAUGUGUUAUGUCAACCAUGCAGGCUGAUGUUGAUGAUACUUCAUCCACGUUGUUGGCUUUUCACUGUGCUAGUAAAUGUAUCUGUGUCAUGCUUUCCUUCAAUCUUUUUGGUUAUUCUUUGUAAUUAUGUGAAAAAAAAAAGUUCUCUAAAGUCUUAAGUGGUAUACUUGUGCAUAAAAUGCAUGACAGUUGAAGUCUUUCCAUUUUUUAGGUGAUUUUGUAUUCAUAAUUUAAUCACAGAUUGACAUCAACAAUUUAAAACAUACAAGUGAUGAGACAAACUCAACAGCUUAAAUGAUUUAUCAGUAUAUGUAUAUACACUGGAAAAAACUGACAAAUCCAGUGCUGUCUAUGCACAGAACAGUUAUGCAAACCAAAGUAAAAUGUUAUUAAAAUGAUUCCAUACAUUGAAACUUCCUAAAACAAAGUGUUUGUAGCUAAUAGUUCUAUUAAAAAGGCAAGUUAACAGUUUCUCAGUGUGGAAGAACCAGAAACGUGUUAAGCUUUGCAGUUGUGUUAAUCCAUACCUAAUAAUUAAAAUGGGUAGCUUCAUAGUUUAGUACUCUUCUUAAGAAAUGUGUGAGCAGCUCGUGACACCUGUUGAGCAACGAAGAUUUUGUACAUAUUGUGAUACUAGGGGAUUACAUUAAGAAAUUUGCUUAUGUGCAUACACAGAAGUAAAAAAAAAAGGAUGUCAUCUUCUGAAAAAAUGACUCCUUGCCAGUACAAGAGAGUUUUGAAUAAUGAGUGUUUCUUUGGUACAUUAGCUUUUGGCCAGGAGUAGGUAUUUCAGUAUUGUGCUUGAAUAAAUAUAUAACUUUCUUGUAGUUCUAUGGUGAUACUUUAGGAUAAUCUUUUACCUUGGUAAGAAAAUUUUUUUUCCCUUUGUGUAAAGAAUAUAAUUGAAACCAAAUGUAUCACUUGCAUUUAUGUAUGGUUCCAAAGCUAACAUAAUAUUGCUGAGUAGAAGAUGUAAACAUUCAUCAGUAGAGGACUUUGGGGUCAUCUAUACCACUUUCACUCGCCGCUUUAUGUUCUAUCCUAGCAGACAUUUUCAAAAUUCUGUAUUUUGGACAAAUAUUUUAGUUUUGAUUAUUAUCUAAUGUAAGAAGUGAUCUUAUACAAUAUUUAUUAUUCUCUAUAAGAAUUGCCUUGUUAAAGUUGAUCAAGGUGAAAUUAAUAAAAUUGUAAACACUAAUUAGUUUUGUUGAUUCGGCAAUUGUUUACUUUAAUCCUAAAGAAAAAACCACUAUUUGUAGAGUCUAGUUGACAUUGUUAUUGUCUGUGACUUUUUAAAAUUACUUAUACUUCUAACUUAAGGUUGGUACCAGGCUGAGCUAAAUAGCCAAAUUUAGAUGUAGUUUAGCCUAUUUACUCUUUCUAAUAGCAGUUUUCUUUUUUAUUUUAUGGUCAUUGUAUAGAAAGGAUGGAAGUAAUUUCUAAGUUUUAUCUGUGUUCCCGUCCAAUGUAUGUCUAUGUAUAUUUUUCAUAAUUUACACGUUGACCCUGGUAACUGGCGUUUCAGUUCAAGCUAGGACAUUUCUGGAUAACAUUACAGUCCAGUGUGUUCUUGUGUUUUGAAAGAAGGUUUGGAGCAUAUGUUGAAAUACUGUAUGUGAAAUCUGAAAGCUAGCAGUGUUUAUGACUUUUAGUAUAUUUAAGCUUUAAUAAUUGAAUCAUUCUAUAUAAAAGAUUACAAUUGAAACACAUUCUGUUUUGAUAUUACUUCCAUAAGUCAGCUUUUGUAUGACCAUAAUUUUUUCCCAUGGUGCUGUAUCUAAAGCUUUUAUUUUUGUUACUAUUCAAAUACUGUACAGUUUCAGAAAAUACAUGAUGUUUUAUGUUUAUUAAAGAAUAGCAUAUAUGUACAUUCACCGAUGUACCAAAGAUGUGUUGGAUUAGUAACUGCAACAGAAACAUUGUGGAACACAAGAAUGUACAGUGAUCAGUGAACAGAUUGGCUUCUACUGUGUUUCAUGUCACGUAACAUUAGUUGAAACAUUAAUCUUCUGCAUAUUUCUGUCAUGGAAUUUAUGAGCCAACUUAUAUCCAGGCAAAAUGGUAUGUUUGAUAGUAUCCAUCAUUAAUAACAAUUGUAGUCCACUUUGCACUUUACUUUACUUUUGACAGCCUGACAAAUGGCAUCCCACAAAAUUUAUAUCCAUUUUCUUUAUAUACUAAUUUUAGUAGUCAGUAAAAGUUAAAUGCAUUUAUAUUGCACUUGCAAAAUGAAACUACAGUAGAAAAUGGUUAGUUGGGGGGUAAGCAAAGAGUUUUGGGGGAAUAUUCCAGUUUAUUUUUGAAUUUAAAUUUAUUGCUUGAGACUUUUUUUUUAUGUUAAACCUGAGUUGUUUGAGUAACCUUUGAAUGUUUCAUUUUUUUCAUAGUUUUGGUUGGUCUAAUAGAAUCAGGUGAGUAAUUUUUACUUACUUACUCCUAUUAAACACUUGACUUUAAUGAAUGCAUUGAAUCUACAUUUCAAGUUCUUGUCAAACAUCUAAGUUUAAGCCCAACUGUAAAGCAUCAGCUUUAAAGAUUUAAGGGCUGGGCAUGGUCUAGUGGUUAGCAUGUCUGGCUGUGAAUUGAAAGGGUUCAGGACAUCAUAGUGCUGAACAUACACUUGACUAUGGCUGCACUAUGAAAGUAACAGUUAAUCCCAUUAUUUGAUUUGAAAGGCUGGACAAAGCCCUUGUAGUGGUGGAUGCUGCUUGCUGGCCACCUUCACUCAGUAGCUCAAAAUUAUAGACAACUAACCCUGAAUCAUAGGAACCUUUAACCUGAUUGUUUAUCCUACAUAAGCUGUUGUUCAGAUUGAAACUACCAAUCCAAAUUCCAAAGAUUCAAGUAUAUAUCCAUAAACAGUUCCUUUUAGUUUCAUAUCCUUUCAAAGAUCUUUGCAAUUUGACUUAAUCUUCUAAGCUUUACAUGAAACUGUUCAUUCUCUUUAUAACUUCAAGAACUGGCAAUCUGAAGAAAAGUAGUACAGCUUACAAACAAAUCAUAGGCAAAGAAAAAAAGUCCAGUCAUAAAUCUAAAGCAACACCAUUUAUAGCAUUUAUAACACUUUCCAAAACUUCUAUCAUAAUUAGGUAAAAUUUAGAUUUUUGUAAUUAAUCAGUGUAUUAAAUUCACCUUAAAUUUUCAGCACAAAUUUGAGUAAUUUAUAUGAUAUGUAAAAUAAAGUAAGUCCUUCCUGAAGUAAGUGAACUUGACACUUUGUUUAAAUCUGUACAAGCCACAUUACUUGUUAGGUGUUUAGACAGAAUUUUCAAACUCUUUGUGUAUAAAGUCCAGAUUAAUACAUAAAAAAGGAAAAUUCCAAUUUUAUUGAAACUUAAACUUCUAUUACAUUUUGUAACACAGUGAGUUGGAUUAGUUAUCCACUAACAGAACUGUUUACUUGUCCAUGAUUUUACCAACUCUGAUUAUCUUUAGUCAUAAAAUAUGAGGAGACAAAACACCAAACCGUCCUGGACCUGACUUGUUAUCUGUGGACUCGCACGUUUAAACGUGAUUUUGAAUAAUUUUCCAAAAUAUUUUCAUGUAUUUAUUUUUAAUGAAAAUGUACAUGAAGUCUGUUUUUUGAAAUGAAACAAAAUACUUCAGCUUUAGCUUUAUAGUGUGAAACAGAUAAAACUAACUUAAAUUUUAAAUUUGUUCAUCAUAGCCAUAAUGAAAUACAAUUUUAUAAACCAAUAUUAAAGAAAAAAAAGUCAAACACCUAGUGCAAGCUGUUCUACAAUCAGAUGUGUUAUGGCAUCUAAAAGAAACUGACACAUAAGAUACAUGAUUGAAUUUAAUUCCUUUUGAAACAAGCAGAUGCUCUAAUCAGACAUACUGGUGAAAAUUUCCACAAGCGGUAAGAAAUAACUUGUAGGAAUUACAUGUUAGAUUUUUUGUAAAUAAUUAGGGAAGUUAUUUUGUUUGUAAGUGGCUUAGCUUCAGUCUUGUAGUGAAAAACACGUGAAGCAUAAUGUAAUGCUACAAGUCUUUGUAUUUUAAAAGUUGAUGAUCAACAUUUGCAGUAUCAUUCAAGUAUAUUGUUAUGCUGUAAUUUCUUAAAAUAUGUAUGUAUAUUCAGAGUUGGUUGUUCUGGUAUUGUUAAACUUGUACAUGUGGUAUAGUAAAUAGACUGUGUAGAGGAAUAUUUAGAUCAGUUGAAACUUGUGUAAAGCAGACUGUAUUCAUGUUGAAUGGUUCCGUAUUUUGUAAAGAUAAACUGAGUGUAUUUACUUAACAUUAAGAAUCCUACAUUGCAUUGGUAGUUACCAAAAGCAUUUUUGGAAUAAGCUUGUCUUUCUAGAAAACUUUCCAAAAUGAUAAACUGAUUGCUUUAAUUUUAUUAUCAAUGUAUGUUUCAAUAUUAAACUUCAUGUGUGCUACUAAUACUGGCAAUGACUGUAUGAUAUGAAAUACAUUUUUAAUUUGUUUUUCAUUCUUUUGCACUACCUCGAAUUACUGAAAACAGCAUUGUUUAUAACAUGAAGCCUUGUUUAUAAUAUGAAACAUUAUUUGCUGUAUACCUGCUUUUGGGUGAAAUAAAAAGUUAAAUAAGGUA